AUGGCCCAAAAGGUGAUCCUUGUUCUAAGUGCUCUGGUAGCAGUCGCCACAGCAGUCGUUGUACCUGGUCCUGGUUUGGCCCUGCCCGGCUAUCCAGCAUAUCCUUCAUUAGCUGCACCCGCUUUGCUACCCAAACUGGCCGCACCUGUAUAUCCUGGCCUGGCUAAAGUGGCAACCAUUGCCAAAGUGGCAGCUCCCGAGCCAUAUGAUCCUAAUCCCCAAUAUAGUUUCAGCUAUGAUGUUCAUGAUGGUUCCACUGGUGAUGUAAAGAGCCAACAGGAGUCUCGCAGCGGUGAUGUGGUCCAGGGUGCCUACUCUCUGAUCGAAGCCGAUGGCACUCGUCGCAUUGUGGAGUAUACUGCCGAUCCAGUCCAUGGAUUCAAUGCUGUUGUCCAUCGCGAGGGCGCUGUUGUGAAAGCGGUGGCUCCAGUGGCCAAGGUCCUGGCACCGGCUCCAGCACUUUUGCACGCUCCUUUGGUGGCCAAGGCCUAUGCUCCUGCCCUGGCUCCGGCCUAUGCCCCUGCCCUGUCUCCGGCCUACGCUCCUGCUCUGGCACCAGCCUACGCUCCGGCAUUGCCCAAAUUGGCACUGCCUGCCCUCUCACCUUUGGGCUAUCACUAAGUCAUGCCGCUGUUCAAUUGACGACCUCUUGCCAUCUGAUUUUUACCACAACGAUAACGGACAGAUUGCGACGACGACCACAUUAGCUCUCUCCUUCCCAUCGUAGUUGAUCAUAGUUGUAGUAUUUGUAGUAGUUGAAAA